AUGGCAGAGUCGACGGAGACAGAGACCCACAUCGACAUCAAGCCUCCGCCAGUACCACCGCCGAUCUUCUCCGACUUACCACUUCCCGAGACAGACCAGACGCUCUUCUCCUUCUUCGGAUCCGGUUCUCCUCGGAAAGGCGACACGUGGGUCGUCUCCGUCUUCGUCAUCCUCCACGUCGUGGCCUUCGCCGCCACCAUGUUCGUCAACGACUGUUGGCGCAACUCCAACCAAGACUGCGCCCUCGGAGCCCUCGGCAGGUUCUCCUUUCAGCCCUUCUCCGAGAACCCCCUUCUCGGUCCUUCCACUUCCACGCUAGAUGAAAUGGGAGCUCUUCGGCGGAAAUUUUUGACAGAAAAUCACCAAACUUGGCGACUUUUCGCAUUUCCAUGUCUACACGCUGGACUGAUCCAUCUCGUCAUCAACCUCAGCAGUGUUGUCUUUGUAGGGAUUCACUUGGAACGGGAGUUUGGACCAUUAAGGGUGGGAAUAAUCUAUGUACUUUCAGCUUUUGCUGGUACUCUGGUGGCUGCACAGUUUGUUCAAAACAGGCCAGUAGUUGGUUCAUCAGGAGCUUUAUAUGGCUUAAUUGGAGCCGCGAUUUCCCAGCUAAUUUGGAAUUGGAGAAUGUACACUGACAAGUUUGCAGCUCUGGAGUCAUUUUUCUGCGUCUUCACAAUCAACCUAGUUAUUGGUUUUCUUCCAUAUGUAGACAAUUUCUCAAGCAUUGGCGGAUUUAUAGCCGGAAUCCUACUAGGAUCAGUGCUUCUGUUUAGUCCUCAGAUCAAACAAGUGCCGCAAAAUAAAGGAGCCCUUUUUGAGUAUAGUGCCAAAAGCUCUAUGAAACUCAAGUUGAGGCAGAAACUAGACUGGAAGAUGGACUGGCCAGCCCUCAGGAGUGUAGCUCUUAUUCUAUUUUGUCUAAUAUCUGCUGGAUGUAUAGUAGCUUUUCUACGGGGCAUUGACAUGAACAAGUACUGCAAAUGGUGUCAAUAUAUUGAUUGUGUUCCCAUGAAAGGGUGGAGCUGCGAAGAUAGAUUAACUUUUUGUGAGGCUAUGGUGAGCAAUGCGGAGUUGACUUUGACUUGUAUGAGUAAUGGGAACUUCAGGGUGUUUCCUUUCACCAAUGUUUCAGAAUCCAGGAUGAAUGACCUUUGCAGUGUGAUCUGCUGA